CAUUUUGCUGUGCUUCGCGGCCUUGGGCCGGUGCCACGAGGCCACCCUCGUCGCCGUGGGUGCCUGCGGCCUGUGCAGCUCCGAAAGAGUCGCGCCUCGGAGGUGCCUCCCGCCUCUUGGACAGCCCCUGCUCUCUCGCUCCCGUGGGCCGAUCUGCAGGGCAUUUUUUGCGGUCAGGCUCCGCGCCCGCGCCGCGCUCCCAUCAGCCCGCAGGGCCGAGCCAGGGUGCGCCCCGCGCGCCUGCCGGGCAUGGUCGCCGCCGGAGGAGAGCACACGGUGCUGCUCAGGAGCGACGGCACGGUGGUGGCCUGCGGCCGGAAUGGUCCAGGCCAGUGUGACUUCCAAGCGCUCGCAGGAGGCCUGACCCACGUGCAAGUUUCUGCAGGAGGAGAUCAUACAGUCCUGCUCCUGAGCGACGGCUCUACAGUGGCCUGUGGCCGAAAUGAGUUCGGCCAGUGCGACCUCCCAGCGCUGGUUGGAGGCCUGACGUUUGUUCAAAGUGCCGCCGGAGGAGAUCAUACGGUCCUGCUCAGGAGCGACGGCUCUGCCGUGGCCUCUGGCGACAAUGACUUCGGCCAGUGCGACCUACCACUGCUGGUCGAAGGUCUGACUUUUGUUCAAUGUGCUGCGGGGGGAGGGCAUACAGUCCUGCUCAGGAGCGAUGGCUCUGCAGUUGCUAGUGGCAACAAUGACUUCGGCCAGUGCGAAGUCCCACCGCUGGUCGGAGAACUGCGUUACGUGCGGGUUGCUGCUGGAGGUGACCACACAGUGUUUAUCAGAAGCGACGGCGCUGCGGUGUCCUGCGGCCUAAACAAUUUGGGCCAGUGCGACGUCCCAGUGCUUGUUUCAGGCCUGACUUAUCUACGGGCUGCCGCCGGAUUUAAUCAUACACUUCUGCUGAGGAGCGACAGUAUUGUAGUUGCCUGCGGCUGUAAUCAUUUCGGCCAGUGCGACCUUCCAGCGCUGGUUGGAGGCCUGGCUUACUUACAAGUUGCUGCUGGAGGAGAUCAUACAGUCCUUCUCAGGAGCGACGGCUCUGCCGUGGCCUGUGGCGACAAUGACUUCGGCCAGUGCGACCUCCCGGCACCAGUUGGAGGCCUGGCCUACACGGCGCACCUGCUGCCAUCUCUUCUGCUGCAGGCAUCCCUCGAUGGCGACUCGAUUGCCUUUGUGACCCUCGCUGGCGUGGAGCGUUGCCGAGUCAGCGCGGCGCCGCUCACUCGCCUCGCGGCGGUGCGAGGCCACCUGUUGGCUGAGCUUCGAGCGGGCAGGCUGGGAGCUGGAACUGGGGGAGCAGAGUGCACCAGAGGCCCAGCGGUUGGACUGGCGGUGUGCCUCCACCGAGGGAAUAUGCUCUCGAUCUCUGCGACAGUGGCAAUAUUCGGGGGCUUCUGAGUGGCCGAAAUAUUUCCACCAGCGCCAGAAUCUGGGGUCAUCUUCUCCCGGUGGAGGCAACAUCCAGUGUUGGUGUUGGUGCUCACCUCCAACGAACCUCUCCUGGGGCGCGUUCUGAGCUGGCUUUCGGGGCGAGUCCGGCCGUGGCGACGGAAGCUCUCCAGGAUGAGCAGCGGUAUCGGUACCAGUCCUCCAUUGAUCUUCCCAGACGUGCGUUGUCCUGACUUCUCCAGUACGGGGCCCCCCGAAGUCCUGAAUCUUUCCCCGGGGCCAGUUUUUCAUUCCGAGUUUCUCUUUGAUGGUCCCGGGGCCUGGGCCCAACACGACCGAAAACCCCCCUUUCGAUUUUUUCCCUGGAGGACUUGCGCGGGUCGACGCCGUCCUCCCGGGGGGCCGGCGGCUGAGCGCCGCCCCGCUGGCAGAGACCGUCGCAGCCGCCUUCGGGCUGCGUCGCCUCCGGGUGCGCGGCAAGCGCCCAGCCUCCGCGUACGGCGGCGAGCGGGACGCCGUGCAGCGCCGCCGCUGAAAAGACAAGAA